AUGGACGGAGGAAUGCGAGCGUACGCUCUCCCAUCUCAAGCAGGCUCUCUCGAGCCCACCAGUCUUAUCCCGACCCGAAGCUGGAGAGACCUUGUAUCUCUACCUCGCCGUGGCCGUCGAGGCCGUCAGUGCAGCUUUAGUACGAGAAACCCCGGAGGGUCAGAGACCCAUUUACUUCACGAGCAAAGCGCUCCAAGGACCCGAAGUCAGAUACCAACAGAUCGAAAAAGCCGGGCUCGCACUAGUGACCACAGCGAGAAGACUCAGACACUACUUCCUGGCCCACACCAUAAUCGUGCGAACCGAGCAACCCAUAAAACAAUUGCUAGCACGUCCGGACAUGGCCGGGAGGAUGCUCCACUGGUCGCUAUCGCAGAGUUCGACAUAAAGUACGAAGGGAGAAAGGCCCUCAAAGCACAGGUCCUAGCAGACUUUGUGGCCGAAAUGGCCUUCCCCGAGACAACAAACAACAAUGCCCAAAAAUGGACCCUGUACGUGGACGGGGCAUCAAGCUCAUCCGGGAGCGGGGCAGGUAUUAUCCUAGAAAACAGGGAGGGAACUCUCAUAGAGGUAUCCCUAUCCCUCUUAUUCCCAACAUCCAACAAUCAGGCCGAAUACGAAGCUCUGCUCGCCGGAUUGUGCCUUGCAAACGAUCUAGAAGCCGAGGAAAUCGAGGUAUUCACUGACUCUCAACUUGUCGCGUCCCACAUCUCGGGCGAGUAUCAGGUCAAAAGCGAGACCCUCGCCGAAUACUUAACCCUCGUGCGUGGAAGACUGGCCCGAUUCAGAAGCGCCAAAGUAAAACAUAUCCCGAGAGAACACAAUUCUCGAGCGAAUGUCCUGUCAAAACUAGCCAGUACGAGGAAGAAGGGGGGCAACAAAUCCGUGAUCCAGGAAAUACUGCCAAAACCCAGCACCGAAUCCUCGCCCGGGCUAACGCUCGUAAACGCAAUCGGGGAUGCGUCCUGCUGGAUGACCCCCGUAUACAACUACUUAACAAGCGACCUUCUACCCGACGAUCCCAAAGAGGCCUCCAUAGUCCGGAGGAGAGCCUGCUCCUACAUCUUGAUCGAAAAUCGACUCUACAGACUAGGAUUUUCUAUACCCCUCAUCAAAUGCAUCGGCGAGGGCACGAUCCCCCAUAUACUCUGGGAAAUACAUGAAGGAAUCAACUCCCAACACCUAGGAGGGAGAUCCCUCGCUCGGAAAGCACUCCGAGCCGGAUACUAUUGGCCCUCCAUGCAGCACGACGCCAAAGAAUACGUGAAAAAAUGCGACAAAUGCCAACGCUUCGGAGACAUGCACCUCGUGCCGCCCAACGAACUCAAGUCUCUGUUGUCCCCCUGGCCAUUCGCCUGGUGGGGCAUGGACCUCCUCGGUCCAUUCGUAACCGGGAGCAAUCAAAAUAAGUACCUCAUAGUCGCGGUCGAUUACUUCACCAAAUGGAUCGAAGCCGAACCAUUGGCCAAGAUCACGUCCCUGAACGUGCUCCGUUUCUACAAAAGGAACAUCCUCGCCCGAUUCGGCGUACCUCUGGCCAUUAUCACCGACAAUGGUACCCAGUUCACCGACGGGCGCUUUCAAGAGUUCGUCACAAAAUUAGGAACCAAACAACACUUCGCGUCGGUUGAACACCCCCAGACGAACGGGCAAGCCGAGGCCGCCAACAGAGUGAUCCUGAGGGGCAUUAGAAGAAGACUAGACGAGAUCAAAAAAGGAUGGGUCGAAGAAUUACACAGCGUCCUCUGGGCCUAUCGCACCACCCCACAUUCCACCACCGGGGAGACCCCCUUCCAACUUACAUAUGGAACAGAGGCCGUGAUCCCCGUCGAAGUACACGUGCCCACCAGGCGCACCGAGGAACCUCUCGAAACAGAAGGCAACCUCGAGGCAAUUAGAGAAGAGCUCGACCUGGUCGAAGAAAUCCGUACGGGAGCCGCACUCCGCGAAGCCUCGCUCAAGCAAAAAAUUGCCCCAUAA